CCUUCCCCUUCUCCCCGUUCCCCAUCGCCUCAGAGCCGCCGCCGCUUCCCGCUCCGGCUCCCGCUGCCUCCUGCGCCGCCGCCCGCCCCCUCCUCCCCGCCGGGGGGGGCCCCGCCCGGCUCCCGCCACCGCCGGGCCCGGUCCGGCCCGGCCCCCGCCCCCCCGGUCCCCGCCCGGUUCGGCCCGGCAGGAUGAUCAAGCUCUUCUCGCUGAAGCAACAGAAGAAGGAGGAGGAAUCGGCGGGCGGUACUAAGGGCACCAGCAAAAAGGCCUCGGCCGCCCAGCUCCGCAUCCAGAAAGACAUCAACGAGCUGAACCUGCCCAAGACGUGUGAGAUCGACUUCUCCGACCAGGACGACCUGCUGCACUUCCGCCUCCUCAUCUGCCCCGACGAGGGCUUCUACAAGGGAGGGAAAUUUGUCUUCAGUUUUAAGGUCGGCCAGGGCUACCCCCACGACCCGCCGAAGGUGAAGUGUGAGACGAUGGUUUAUCACCCCAACAUCGACCUGGAGGGCAACGUCUGCCUCAACAUCCUCAGAGAGGACUGGAAGCCCGUCCUGACGAUAAACUCCAUCAUCUACGGCCUGCAGUACCUCUUCCUGGAGCCGAACCCCGAGGACCCCCUGAACAAGGAGGCGGCCGAGGUGCUGCAGAGCAACCGCCGCCUCUUCGAGCAGAACGUGCAGCGCUCGCUGCGGGGGGGCUACGUGGGCGCCACCUACUUCGAGCGCUGCCUCAAGUAGCCCCUCCCCCCGCCCCUCCCCCACCCCGGCCCCUCCCCCACCCCCUCCCCCACCCCCCUUUCUCUCCCCCUCCCCGCCCCCCCCCUAUUUAUUGCCCCCCCGGGGGGGCGGGGGGGGGCACCCCCCCCUUUUUUCUUCUGCCCCCCCCCCUCCCCCCCCCCAGCGCUGCUCUGGCGGGUGAUUAAAGGGCGACAUA